AUGUCUCGAUCCGACAAAAUCGAUUUAGAAGGUCUAAAUGCAGACGCUGCAGAGCUCGCUGCCUUGGGCUAUAAGCAAGAAUUCAAACGUGAAUUCUCUGCUUUUAGCUCAUUCUGCGUCUCCUUUUCCGUUCUUGGCUUAUUACCCUCGUUCGCUUCUACCAUGUAUUAUACAACAGGUUACGCCGGCACUCCUGCAAUGGUGUGGGGCUGGCUGAUUGCAAUGUUUUUUGUUCAAUGUGUUGCCUGUGGUAUGGCAGAACUGUGUUCUUCUAUGCCUACUUCGGGUGGUUUAUAUUAUGCCGCGGCUAGUCUGGCUCCUAAACGCUGGGGCCCUUUGGCUGCUUGGCUUACCGGUUGGUCCAACUAUUUCGUUCAAGUCACAGCAGCUCCUAGUGUUGCCUAUUCCUUUUCCGGAAUGAUUCUUUCUCUAAUCCAAAUCAAGAAUCCCAACUAUACCCCCGAAAACUAUCAAACUUUUUUAUUAGCAUGCGCUGCUAUGAUCGCCAUGACAUUGAUUUCGUGCCUUCCAACAAAAGUUAUCGCCCAUUUUAAUACUUGGGGUACGGCCAUCAACAUGCUCUUCCUUAGCAUUGUCAUGAUUACCCUUUUAGCUGUCGCUGGCAAAAACCAUACUUUUAAUAGCAAUCAUAGAGUUUGGACGAGUUUCGAUAAUCAGACCGAUUGGAGUAACGGAAUGGCCCUUUUGAUGUCUUUUGCCGGUGUCAUUUGGACCAUGUCUGGUUACGACUCUCCUUUCCAUUUAAGUGAGGAAUGCUCCAAUGCCAGUGUCGCUGCUCCGAGAGCUAUAGUCAUGACCUCUGCUUUUGGCGGUCUCGUAGGGUGGCUUUUGAACCUCAUCAUUGCAUAUACCAUCGUUGAUGUAUCUCAAGUCAUGAACGACAGUCUAAGUCAACCUUAUGUCGUCUAUCUUCAGCAAGUCUGUGAUCACAAAACAACAGUUGCGUUAACUGCCAUCACCAUCGUUUGCAGUUUUAUGAUGGGUCAAGGAUGUAUGGUUGCUGCUUCUCGCGUUACUUAUUCUUAUGCAAGAGACGGCGUCUUUCCCUUUUCCAACAUCCUUGCUCAUGUCGAUCUUCGUACAAAGACACCAAACCGAUGUACUUGGAUGAAUACUGUGGUUGGUAUCCUGUUGCUACUCUUAAUUUUCGCUGGUGAUGUAGCCAUCAAUGCUAUUUUUUCUGUCGGUGCUAUCGCUGCUUUUGUUGCUUUUACAAUUCCUAUUUUCAUUAGGAUCACAUGUGUAUCUGACGCUGAAUUCCAAAGAGGCCCUUUUCACUUGGGCCGCUUUUCAAAGCCCAUAGGUUAUGCCUCCUGUGCAUUUGUCGUGCUCAUGCUUCCCAUCUUAUGUUUUCCACAAACCAAGGGAAAGAAUUUGGAUGCAGAAGGCAUGAACUGGACCUGUGUGGUGUACGGAGGUCCUAUGCUUGCUAUUAUCAUUUGGUGGAUUCUCUCAGCCCACAAAUGGUUUAAAGGUCCUUGCCUUACAGAAACGUCUUCCGCAAGCCCAGAAGUUAUUUUGGAAGGUGUAUCCAAUUAUGACGAUGAAGCCAGUCUUUCCACUACCACUACCAAGAAAAAGUAGCAAAUUUACGUUCCCCAGUAACCACAUUCCUGGAAUUUCCCUAAAUUGUUUUUUUUCAUCUCUGUCUUUUUAUCUUUAAAAAAAUUUGAUGCCUAAUCUAACCCCUUUCCAUUCGAUAUAAUAUGAUGUCUUUCGUAAUCCCAUCUGUUUAUGCUUCCUUUUCGUCCGUUUUUUAUACCAUUGGUUCUUUCUCAUUCUAGUGUUGUUAUGAAUGUUUUAAUGUAUGAUUUCCUUCCUAUCUUUCGCUUCUUUUUAUGGACCUUUAUUCUCUUCUCCUCUCAAUUGAUCGCUAUUAUAUUACUUGCUUUGUUUGUGUCCUUUUUUCUUGGUUUUGUAAUUUAGUAAUAUAUCUCAUUCGCUUCUUAUUAUGAACGAAGGUUUUGUACUCUUAUCCGUGACAAUAUCAUAAGGCAUAUAGUCGCUUAC